UAAGCCGAUCCGCGCCGCGUCGCUUCGCCCCGCGUACCAUUCGCUGGCGUUGUCGCGCUUCGGGAAAACCGCCCGCGAGUCGCUGGCUUCGUCCCCGCUCAGCGGGGGUGUGCAGGCAGAAAGAGAGAGAGGGGGGGGGAGAGAGCGCGUGUGCGUGAAAGCGUACGUAGAAAGAACGAGAACGCGAAGAGCGAGAGGAGGAUCCGGAGUCCGCCAGGAUGAGCGUCGACGCGUACGGACCUAGCAGCCAGACCCUCACGUUCCUCGACACCGAGGAAGCGGACCUGAUCGGCGCGGACACGCAGGGCAGCGAGUUCGACUUCACGGACUUCACCCUGCCGUCGCCGAGUCAGACCCAGGCCUCGCAGCACGACGCGACCCAAACGCAGUCCAGUCAGCCCAUCCAGGUUAAUGGAACGAAUGGUAGUUCAGCAUUGGACUUGAAGAUCUCUGGGGCAGCCCAGAGUCUCGCUGAGUUGCAGUUUGAAGAGGAGGAGGAGGAAGCGUAUUAUAAUCGUGAUUUGCCUGACCAUGCAUGUAAAUACUGCGGUAUCCACGAGGCAUCCUGCGUGGUUCUAUGCAAUGUCUGUCGCAAGUGGUUUUGCAACGGACGCGGUAAUACAUCAGGCUCACACAUUAUCAAUCAUCUUGUCCGUGCUAAACAUAAGGAGGUCACUUUGCACAGGGAUGGUCCUCUGGGCGAAACCGUUUUGGAAUGUUAUUCCUGUGCCACGAGAAAUGUUUUUGUACUGGGCUUUAUUCCUGCAAAGGCCGAUUCCGUAGUGGUGCUGCUUUGUCGGCAGCCGUGUGCGGCGCAAACUUCCUUAAAAGAUAUGAACUGGGAUCAGGAACAAUGGAAACCGUUGAUCGAAGAUCGUAGCUUCCUGGCUUGGUUGGUAAAGAUCCCGUCCGAACAGGAACAGUUACGAGCCAGACAAAUCUCCGCGCAACAAAUUAAUAAAUUGGAGGAGUUGUGGCGCGAUAACGUUGACGCGACUUUCCAAGAUCUCGAGAAGCCCGGCGUGGACGAGGAGCCGCAGCAAGUUUUGUUGCGCUACGAGGACGGGUACCAGUACCAAAAUAUUUUCGGACCACUCGUGAAGCUGGAAGCGGAUUACGAUAAACGCCUGAAGGAGUCGCAAACGCAAGAGAACAUCGAAGUACGAUGGGACGUCGGAUUGAACAAGAAGACCAUUGCGUACUUCAUGCUGGCCAAAACGGACGGUGAUAUGAAAUUGAUGCACGGGGACGAGCUCAGACUUCGUUACCUGGGUGAGCUUCACAAACCUUGGUCCGGCAUUGGGCACGUGAUUAAGAUUCCCGAUAACUACGGGGAAGAGGUCGGGAUCGAGUUGAAAAAUAAUUCCGGCGCGCCAACGGAAUGCAUCAGUAACUUUGUCGUUGAUUUCAUUUGGAAGAGCACGAGUUUUGACCGGAUGCAGUCUGCAUUACGCAAAUUUGCUGUGGAUGACACAUCGGUGUCGGCGUAUAUAUAUCACAGAUUACUCGGGCACGAAGUGGAAGAGGUAUUGUUCCGUUGUCAUCUCCCCAAGCACUUUAGCGCGCCAAAUCUGCCAGACCUGAACAGAUCGCAAGUAUACGCCGUUAAGCACGCGAUCCAACGACCGUUAUCGCUGAUCCAAGGACCGCCCGGGACAGGCAAGACCGUGACGAGCGCCACGAUAGUCUAUCAACUGGUGAAGCAGAAUGGCGGUCCGGUUCUUGUGUGCGCGCCUUCAAACACCGCUGUCGAUCAGUUGACGGAAAAGAUACACAAAUCGAAUCUGAAAGUUGUACGAUUGUGCGCGAAAUCGCGGGAGGCCAUCGACUCGCCCGUCAGCUUCCUCGCGCUGCACAAUCAGAUAAAGAACAUGGAGACGAACACCGAGCUGCAGAAGUUGCAGCAACUGAAGGACGAGACGGGCGAAUUGUCGAGCGUCGACGAGAAGCGCUAUAGACUUUUGAAGAAAGCGGCGGAAAAAGAGCUGCUGGAAGCAGCCGAUGUAAUUUGUUGCACGUGUGUUGGUGCUGGCGAUCCACGGUUGCAUCGGCUGAAGUUUCACUCUAUUCUUAUCGACGAGAGCAUGCAGGCCACCGAGCCGGAGUGCAUGGUGCCUGUUGUUCUGGGUGCCAAGCAACUGAUCCUAGUCGGAGAUCACUGUCAAUUGGGCCCAGUCGUGAUGUGCAAGAAAGCCGCCCGAGCAGGCCUGUCGCAGUCGUUAUUCGAGAGACUGGUAGUACUUGGAAUUCGACCCUUCCGCUUGGAAGUGCAGUACCGCAUGCAUCCUGACCUCUCGCGAUUCCCGUCGAACUUUUUCUACGAGGGCUCUCUGCAGAAUGGCGUUUGCGCCGACGAGAGGAAACUGCUGAAGAUUGAUUUUCCCUGGCCUGCACCGGACAAACCGAUGUUUUUCUACGUCACCCAGGGCCAGGAGGAGAUAGCUGGCAGUGGAACGUCUUACCUGAAUCGCACGGAAGCUUCUAACGUGGAGAAGAUUACGACGCGGUUUCUGCGUUGCGGCGUGAAGCCGGAGCAGAUCGGAGUGAUAACCCCAUACGAGGGUCAGCGCGCUUAUCUCGUGCAAUAUAUGCAGUAUCAAGGUUCCCUGCACUCAAAACUGUAUCAAGAGAUUGAAGUAGCGAGCGUGGACGCCUUCCAAGGACGCGAGAAGGAUAUAAUAAUAAUGUCCUGCGUGCGAUCCAACGAGCAUCAAGGCAUUGGAUUCUUGAAUGAUCCUAGAAGAUUGAACGUGGCGUUGACCCGCGCCAAGUACGGUAUCAUCAUCAUCGGAAAUCCCAAGGUGCUGUCGAAGCAACCUUUGUGGAACCAUCUGCUUAGCUUUUACAAAGAGCAGAAGGUAUUGGUCGAGGGACCGUUGAACAAUCUGAAGGAAUCUAUGAUUCAGUUCGCCAAACCGAAGAAGCUCGUGAACGCGGCCAAUCCGGGUUCGCACUUCAUGUCCACGUCAAUGUACGAUGCGCGCGAGGCCCUGAUCCCCGGCUCCGUGUACGAUCGCUCGGGCGCGCAGGUGAAUGGCGCGCAGAGCCAUAAUCCGUACUAUCAGAGGAACGUACCACUCGACAUCUUCAGCCGUACUCACGACACCAUCAGCUACAUCAGUCCGGAGCGUGCCCAGGCGGCGAUGAACAACAUGCCAGUGCCAGUAGGCAUGUUUAUGAACAUGGCGCAUGUACCGCCGCGCUUCUACAACCAGCAUCAACAGGCCUUGCAGGCGCGUCAGAAUCAGAGGAACCGGCGCGGUGCUGCAGCGGCGAAGGGCAAGAUUGGCUCGCGCAUGGGCAAGCUGAGCCAGACGGAACAGAACACCCAGCCGUACAGCCAACCCGGUUUGCCACUGACCCAAGGUACGACUCAAGGCAUGUCCCAGCCCGGAUUCAGCUUGUCGCAGCCGGGACUGAGCCAGGCAGAACUCUCCCAGGACUCGUUCGCGGUUGGCGAGUUCCAAUCACAGAUGGAUGGCCUGUUGUCACAGGAUUCGACUUACCAGGGUGAUCGGAGCGGGUUCUAUCAGUCCGGGCAAUCGCAAGCCGGGGGACAAUUCUCCCAGCCCUACUGAGCCGAGACCUGGGUACGGCUGAGCAACGCAAUUGCCAUGCCAUGAAGGCUCGUUCGACCAAAUCUUCGACCAACGACCACAAAUCACUAACUGCGCAAAACGGUAAGACGGCUCGGCGAUCGAGUACGAUAUUAAUGCAGCGUAUGCAGUCGUCGAUGUGAAGGAUUAUAAGGAGAGCAGGAGGGACGAAUGGAAAACGAGGGUUUUCGCGUUAAGCUAACUUGCCAGGAUUGGAGGAUUGAUUCCACCGUGGAUGGAAACAUGCAAGGUUCAUCCUACUUACUACUUGACAAUAUUACUGAUUGCGACGAGAACGGAAGGAGACGUCAUCGCAACCGGCUAGAGGACGACAAAUCUAUCUACGACCAGCAGCCACCGAUCAUCAUCGUCAAUCGUGACACGCGCUUACCGAGAACGGAUCGUUUUAACGCGAGGAUCGAGUGACUAAGAAUUUUAAAAA